AUGGUCGUUGGAAACAUGGAACACUCAGUUGGCAAACAACAAAGAGCAAUCUCGGCGUCAUCAACCUCUUCGUCACUGUCGUACCUCUCUGUUGCUCGACCGCCUUCACCGGAAGAACGUGGGAAAUGGACACCUCGCCGUCGACACGCGCCUCCACCAGCGUUGCCUACACACCGUCGUGCUAGAGGCUACGAAGACUUGUUUCCCUUCGAAGUCAGCCAGCUAGCAUCAGUCCUCUGCCACGCGCCGCCUGUCAACACACCUCGAGAUGGAGCUGUGUGGACGGCCUAUGUGUCACACACCAACCAGCGCACAUCGCUACUUGGACCCAAACUCAGAGCUGUCACUUCACUACCAUCCUUCUUACCUUGGUCCACCAAUCACAAUUUAUGCAGCCUUCACCGUCGUCUCAACUUCAAACCUUUGGAGGACAUCUUUGCGGCUCUACGAUACGAGAUCGAGGUCAGAACACAAAAUGUUUGGCAGCAUGUGGCCUUAGCUGGUGCUCUAUCCGCCUCGCAGAUCGAACAACUAGCAUUGAUGGAUGAGCUACAGUCAUUGUGGCUGUCCUCGUCCGAGAUGGGAGAAAACGUGGAGACGGCCAUGACGCUGGGUGCCUUGUUGUUGGGCUCGAUGCGUAGGUCCGACAUGUUGAGUACCCGUGUUUGCUUCUGUCGCGAGUGGGUUCGCUACACAGUCGACGGCGAUGUUGAUUGUGUAGACGCUGCUCUCACCGAGAUGGAGAGGAUGGGAACCAAGUUUCGAGAAGCGAGAAAGUGGGCACGACUGCGAGCAGAAGGUACGAGCGAGUAUCGACAAAGAAACCUUGGGCUGGGUGGCCUGCCAUACGUGCAAUCGACAAGGGUAUCGAGCUUCCAGGCUAUAGAUGACACUCAAGUUCUCGACAAGACAGAUACGAAGUCCGAGGCUAUUGAACAGCAACAAAACAAGCAACCUGCUGGAAGUCACGCGGGGCAAAAGGAAGCAACUGCAGGUCAGCAAAGCUCGCCUCAGCACCUGCCCAUUGAAACAUGCCUGCCAAUGUCAGGCUCGCCAAACCGCUACUUCCCUGAGCAACUCGUUCCGCAAACCUUUCUGCCCGAUCAAGCUCCUCCAGAAAUCCUCAGCUUCCAGGGCCUGGACGCUCCCUACAUCUAG